AUGAGGCUUGUACAACAGGAAUCGUUUAGGGAACUGCACGAAGAUCUGAAAAAGGGGAAAAGAAAAUUAAAACAACAUCGAAGUCUAGCUUCAUUUAUCGAUACGGAUGGACUUAUCAGGGUUGGCGGUCGUCCCAAGUACUCAUCCAUUCCUUACGAUGGCAAGCAUCAAAUUUUACUUCCGGAGAAGCAUCAUGUGACACAAAUUCUUGUGCGUCAGUUACAUAACGAUUAUUUCCAUGUUGGGCAGCAGGGUUUGCUGUCGAUUGUGCGAGAACGGUACUGGCCAAUCAAUGCAAGAGUGCUAAUUAAAAGGAUCGUCUCGAAGUGUUACGUUUGCUUUCGUUACAAUCCACCGCCAACAGAUCAGUUUAUGGAUAUAUACGACCAACUGCUUUGUUCCGAUGAACGUGACGAGCAAAUUUCAAAUGAACGCCUUAUAUCACGCAUUCAAGGACGGAUCGAAUCUUGCAUGCAUCUCAAAGAUUAUGACAGUGUUGCUCGGGAUUGCUACCACCUAAUAAUGCUACUUGAAGAUACGAGGUCAAUGUCUAAUCCAGAUUACAGCUGUUCUAAAGAUGUUACUUCUGACGAUGUUGCAAGUUAUAAAAUAUACCUGCGACUGCUCUAUGUUCUUUACGAGCAACACAAAUACAUGGAAGCAUAUGAUAUUCUGCAAAAAUUACCUACAAACCUCAACAACUAUGCGGACACUAAACCUCGUGUAGAAGAUCUAACCCGUCUGCUAGAAAUGAACUUGGAAAAUGAUCAAACGAAAUUAUCUAAGAUUGCUUCAACGACAACGUAUACGCAGUUUAAGAGUAUUCUAGCAGAACUAGAAAAUUUGAGUAUCAGCGACAAUAAUUCAAUACCAAACUCUUUGGAUAUUGUCCGUAACCAGCUUAAAGAUCCAAUCGAUACUGAUUGCUCGUUCUACAAUAUAAUUCGUUCAAAUGACAUCGAACAGCUCGAUAAAUAUUACGUCAAAUGUACAGAAAACAAAAUUGCGCCGAAUGAUUUGGAGGAAAUGCUCUCACAGGACUACGAAGAUCUCAAACUAAAAAAUGUCCCAUUGUCGAAGGAUAUGGAAAUAUUUGUAGAAGAAAAGCUUAUAAAUCACCGUUUCUUCACGAAUCAAUCUCAGUUUAACAAGAAUGCAACAGACUUCAAAAGUAGAAAUAUAGCAAUGUGGACAGCGUUACAUUUUGCUGCUAAAGGACAUUCCUUGGAGACUAUUCGAUUUGUUAUGGAGCAUGGUGUAGACUUAGAAGCAAAAGACGUCGACGGUCGGACCGCACUACACGUAGCAGCUGAACACGGUAAUCGUGAAAUCGUUAUUUUUCUUAUAGAAAGAAACCGAUCACAUGUAAACGUCAGAAACGCUAGAGGCAAAACUGCCUUACAUUUAGCUGUACACAAUGGUCACAAAGAUAUCGUUGAAGUUCUGCUUGACAAUGAUGCGGAUUUAGCUAUACGGGACAAUGGUGAUUUGACGCCAUUGUACAGUGCCAUCAUUAACAAUCACGUCGAAAUUGCAAAACUGCUCUUCAGAAAUACCGAACCUGGCAAUAUGAAAGAUGGUGUGUUGGAAUACGGUCAUAAAGAAAUAGUAGCAGUUUUACUGAAAAAUGGGGCAUUUAUCGAUGUGCCUGAAACGAUUGAGGAAAGAAGUCCUUUGUAUGCUGCGGCGCAAUUUGGCCAUAUCGAAAUUACAAAAAUGUUGUUAGAUAAUGGGGCUAACAUAUAUAGUCGCACAUCUGUUGGCGCAACACCACUGCAUAGUGCUGCUCACAGUGGACACAGCCAGAUCGUGGAAGAAUUGAUCAAAAGAGGUGCAGAAAUCGACUCUAAAACCAAGUAUAGGUUAACUCCACUGCAUGUUGCUGCUGAGAAAGGUAAAAACAUCGUCGUCGGUAUACUAAUAGCGAAUAAAGCGGAUACAGGCAUAAAAAGUUCCACUGGUACCACGCCGUUACAUGCAGCUGCUCAAUAUGGUAGCAUAGAAACAAUGGAAAUCCUGCUAACUAAUGAGGCAGAUGUUAACGCCAAAGACUUCGACGAAAGGACUCCAUUGAUGUUAGCCGCUUAUAAUGGGCACACAGAAGCAGUUGCUUUCUUAAUAAAACAUGGAGCUUCAACUGAUGCUAACUCUAUAAACUGUAUGACGGCGCUUCAUGCAGCCAUUUUGGGUACACAUAAGGAUAUUGUUAAUUUACUGAUUAGCCAUGGAGCUAGGGUAAACGUUAAAAGUGUCGAUAAUUUUACUCCCCUAUUGGCUGCUAUUCAGAGUGGUAACGAAGAGAUUGUUGGUAUGCUGCUAGCUAAAGGAGCUAAUAUAAAUGAAAAAAUCGAAGGAAUCACCCCAAUGCAAUUUGCUAUUAGGCAUAAUCACAAGAGAAUUGUUGAAAUUUUACUCGAAAAAGGAAUUCACAUAAGGAAAGAUCACGAACCCCUGUUUGGCGCAGUGUGCUUAGGUCACAACGAUAUCGUUGAAUUGUUACUGAAAAACAAAGCACAUGUUGACGCAAAGCAUCCCAAAGAGAAUGUUACGCCGUUGCACUUGGCAGCAACGGUAGGACGUCCUGACACCGUGAAAAUUCUUUUACAACAUGGAGCAAGUGUAGACGGCUUACGAGGCGCUUCUUGUACACCGCUAUAUAGUGCCGCUGAAAUGGGUCAUUCUAAGGUUGUUGAAAUAUUGAUUGCUAGUGGCGCAAAUGUGAACGUCAGAAAUAUUGAUGGGCCUCCUCUCCAUAUAGCGGCCGGAAAAGGUCACAUGAAAGUCGUGGAGAUACUUCUAAACAAUGGUGCAAAUGCAGAUUCAAAAGAUAAUCACGGUAGAACAGCACUAGAAUUGGCAGCAUCGCACGGCUACCUGUCCAUUGUUAAAUGUUUAAUGCAAUAUAAACAUUUCAAUCUUAACGACCGAGGCAACGAUGGUUUUACUGUACUGCAUAUCGCUUCUCAAGAGGGAAAACUAGAAACGGUUAAAUAUCUUGUGAACAGUGGUUCAGAUAUGUACGCUACAAAUAAUUUCGGAUCAAAGCCCGUACAUGUCGCAGCUAGGGAAGGUUACAAAGACGUCGUUGAAUUUUUCAUCGAACAAGGCAUGGACAUUAACGAACCGGGUAAUAACAAUCAAACAAUCCUGCACUAUUCAAUACUAAAUAAUAAUGUAGCCAUAGCACAAUAUUUAAUCCAGAAAGGGGCAAACAUCAAUGCUAAAGAUACGUGUGGCCUUACCCCUGUGCACCUGAAAAAGUUAAAUGAGGCUCUUGCAGGAUGGCAAAAAUGUUUCGAUAAAAUGAAAUACACGUUUGGCUCUACACAUAGCAGUGUUCUGGAUAUGCAGAUGAAGAUGGAAAAAAUUGAUAAAAUACGACAAAUGCAAAUCGAUCCACACAUCUUGAAUAAUGUAUUAACGAAUCAGCAAAUGAUACUGGAUAAAUCGGAUGUUAACGUGAAAGAUAAAUUUGGUAGAACAGCUUUACAUUAUGCUGUCAGCAAGCAUGAUGUAACAGCAGUGUCGGAUCUCUUGAAAGGCGGAGCUGAUGUUACGCUCGCCACUGAUAAAGGCAAUACUCCUUUACAUACUGCCGCCAACACAGGUUCAGAAAAAAUUACAGACAUGCUGUUGAGAACCGUUAGCUCAGAGCAAUUGAGUGCCUUCAUCAAUGCUCAAACAACUGCAGCGGGAACUACGUCACUGCACAUAGCUGCGAAAAAUGGAUUCGAAGGUGUUACCCGGACACUAUUAAAGCGAGGAGCAAUUUAUAAUCCGAAAAACAAUGAGCGUAAAACUCCCCUGGAUCUAUGUAACGACCAAGAGAUUAGAAAUCUAUUGCAACUAACAGCUGAGGUAUUCGACAAGGUGUGUAAAGGACAAAUGGAAAUUAUCCACAAUUUGCAGUCAAUGGAUCAAGCAGAUGUGGAAAUAAUUACUUGUGCUCGUAAUGACAAAGGACACACUAUUCUGCAAACAGCUUUAGGUUACUUUUUCAUAGAGUUUAAGGAUUUAUUAACGUAA